AUGGCGACCAACGCGCGAGACUUCUACCGGUCUCCCCGCAGAAUCUCAACGACUGGGGCCGCCGCUAUCAACUUCCACGCAAGAGGAUUGAGCAGCGUGACGGCGGGUGAUGUCAUUCUUGUGCUUCUACAUGGGUAUCCUCAGUCGAGCUACAUAUUUCGCUGGCUGAUCCCUUUACUGCCUUCUCAUCUCCCCCUCUUCGUUCCAGAUCUUCCAGGCUACGGCGAGAGCACAGCCAAUAGCUCGACGCAUGACAAACGAACGGUCGGCAACACGAUCUUGGAAGCAUUGGAGAAAAGUCUGCCGGACCGGGGAAGCGAGCGCCAGAAAAUCAUUAUCGCAGGGCACGAUCGAGGCGCACGCGUUUGCCAUCGGCUGGCCGUUGAUGCCGCAGACAUCUCCUCCUUUGAUAUCGUCUCGGUGAUCCUUCUCGACAUCGUGCCCACGGCCGCCCAAUGGGACACGUUGACGAUUCCCCGAAUGGCGGCGUCCAGGUUCCACUGGACGUUCCUGGCCAACGUGGAGAUUGCGACGAAGCUCAUCACCAGCCGUGGCGGUGGCUUGUGGUGCUCCGAACUGAUCCAUCGGUGGGCUGGCAGCAACGAGAAAAGGAGGGCUCGGCUCCUGAACCCCGAGGACCUAGAGGUCUACUGUCAUCAUUUCAACAAGGAGGCCGUGGUCAGAGCUUCUUGUGAAGAUUACCGUGCAGGAGCACUGGAAGACGACGACCUCCAGAGACAGGAUCAAAAGGUCGGCAACAAAAUCCGAAUUCCUACAUUGGUGGUUUACUCCGAGGCGUACCUCGGAGCGGCCUACGACGUCGAGGCUACAUGGAAAGCGUGGUGCGACGAAUCGACUACGCUGGAGACCAAACCCAUCGGCGACGGCGCAGGACAUUUUCUGCCCGAAGAGGCCCCGGAAGAGACGGCCGCGAUUGUGAACACUUGGAUCAAACAGUGGCUCAAUUAG